GCUAGUUUAUAUUUUGCUGUGGAAUUAUUUAAUAUUUCAUUAAAAUUGUUUAAAACAAAGCAAAUUCAAAGUGGCUGGUUUGUGGCGUUAGCAGCAGAUGGCGCCAUAAAUCCACGAGAGUUAAUUUGAGACUGGUUUAUUUUAUUUCAUAAGAAUUUGUACACAUUUCAGCAAUAAGAUGCAACAGUGUAUAAGAUAAGAUAAGAUACAACUUUAUUAGUCCCACAGAGGGGGGAUUUGCAACGUUACAGAGGGCAGUCAGGAAUAAACAUUAAAGUAAUAAGUAGCGUGCAAUAAUUAUAAUGUAAGGAUAUAUAAGAAAGAUGUUAAAAAUAUAAAUUGAGUAAGAACUAACACAUAAAGGGUAAAUAGAAUAUGUACAGUGUGAACAUAUUUGUUUUCAUGUUAAAGUUUUGUAUAGGGUUGGGUAAUAAAAAAGUAUCAAUAAUAUUUGCAUUUUGAUAUAUAUAUAUAUAUUGAUAACAUGCUUAAACACAGUGGUGGAGGAAGUAGUCAAACAUUUUGCUUAAGGAAAAGUACAAAUAAAUUAACAGUAUUAUCUGUAAAUAGCACAUUAGCCUUUUCUUCUGCAGUGGUCAGCGCUGGCUAAUGUCUGACACGUUGUUAUUUUUUCCGAGGAGCACCUGAAGGCAUCAGACGUUGCCGACAAACGAAAGUGAACUUUUCCUGCUCGCUGCCACUUUAUCCUGAGAGAGAACCGACAUUAAACCCUGAACACGGUGUGCAACCUGUCUCAUCAUGGCGCACUACAGAGCUCCAGACACCAAGAGGGAGCAGUUCCGCAGAUACUUGGAGAAGGCUGGUGUUGUUGACAGCCUCACCAGUGUACUCGUGUCUUUGUAUGAACAACCUGAAAGACCCGGCAAUGCUCUGGAAUUUGUGAAGCAGCAUCUGGGAGCUGUAGGCCAGACCUCGGCCGACACCGAGCCUCUGCAGCAGGAGGUGAUUGACCUGAGGCAGAGGUGUGCACGUCUGGCAGAGGAAAACAAAGACCUCAAAACAAAGCUGCAGCGCUAUGAAGCUGCGUCAGAAGGUGGAGCCACAGCUGAAUAGACCACAGCAGAGAUUUGGUUGAUAUACCUGCACUUUAGAUUUCAAGACAACACAACACUUUCAUGAGACAGCCAAUAGUUGUUUAAUGUAACCUUGCUGUUUUUUUUGUUGUAAAUCUUAGUUUCUACUCUAAUUCUUAGAAUGUGACUUAUUCUCUACAUGUACAUAAGUUGGUCUUCUUUUUUACAAGACAUUACAUCAUUGUUUCAGAGGCCUAUUGAAAAGGUUCCAUAAAUAGUAUUUGGUUAAAUUACUGACAGUAUAUAUAUAUUUUUUCAGUUAUGGUUCAGAGGCACAAACAGUGUGUGACCUGUUUAAACUUUAUUUUGAAAAGUCUGCUGUGAGUGAACUGUUCUAAAAAGCUGUAAAAUAAAGCACAAUAUUGUAAUUAA